ACUGCUCUCAAUGUCAAAACCAAAGCCAGCAUUCAGGGCUGGAGAUGAAGCCUGAAACUUGCCUCUUGUUUGUCUGGCACUCAAGAAAAUGAAGGGCAGUGUUGGGAAAAUGACUGACUUUUCACUCAAGGCCGGUGCCAUGAGCAAGUCAUGAGAGAUGCUUGAAGUACACCUCCCAUGGACGUGCACGUGGCUUGCAACAUCUCUAGCCUCAAAUGUGAUGAGGAAAGCUCAGGUCCUUUAGCACUCAUCAUCAUUCCCAGUCUCCUGGCUCUUAGCACGCUGACCAUCGUCUCCCUGAUAAUAUGGAGCUUCUUGACAAAGAAACCAUCAGUUCAGAGGAUCUUGGUUUCCCUACAGCACAGAAACGGGCCUUCAUCCCUGCAGACUGUCUCAGUUCAGCACCUCGAAGUGAUGCUCUGAGCUCAUGGGAGAUGCCUGCCCACUACAUCCUAGAGGAGGUGGAGUUUCUCAAAAAUGGACGCUAUGGACCCACCUGCAAAGGCCAGCUAAAACUAGAUGGGGCUGCCACUGCUGUGGUGGUUAAAACUUUCAAGGGCGACUCAAAUAGUCAGGAGACAAAGGUGUUUGUGGAAUUGGCCCUGUUUCACGCAACGGUCUGCAAGCAUGACAAUGUUGUGCGAAUGUUGUACUGCCAGACAAAUCGUUUUCCCAUGUACCUGAUUUUUGAAGCAGUUGCUCCAGGAAACCUACUGCAUUUCCUGUGGAGUCUUCGAGAGGAUGCGUCCGGACUCUGUCAUCAGCUGCAGUGUUUUUCAGAGAAGUCUGUGUAUCUAGUGGCCAAACAGGUGGCCUCUGGUUUGGAUUACUUGCUGUCAGAGCACAGGCUAGUGCACGGCUAUGUUGCAGCCCAAAGCAUGCUGAUUGGUUCUGGGUUCUCAGUGAAGGUGUCUGGAUUGGCUGUGGCUUUUGAGACACGGCAGACAGGAAUGGUAAAAAAGGAAGAGGAGGCCAAAGUGCCUCUGAAGUGGCAGGCACCAGAGCGACUGAUGAGGCUCCCCAUAACAUCCAGAAGUGAUGUGUGGUCUUUUGGAAUCCUCCUUUAUGAGCUGAUAACUUUAGGUGCUCCUCCCUUCCCUGAACUGGAUCCAUCAGAGGUGUGCCCCAAAACUUUAGCCACUUACAAGAUAAAAAGACCACAGAACUGCGGAGGAGCCCUGUAUGACCUCAUGAAAUAUUGUUGCAUGUGGGACUUUAAGGACCGCCCAGUGUACCCUGCUAUCAUCAAACUGCUGGAGUCGUACAUCCACCUGGCUGAUACGAAACCCCUAUCUGCAGCACAAACAACAGACAUCUGUGAAUACAUGAAGAAGGCAGGUCUGCCGCCUUGAGUGUUUAACACAGCUUCCUUCUAAAAUAAACUUUUAGGAAGCUGUCUGCAUGUGCAGCAGAUUACACUGCACCGGAGCUGUCUUUCCAUUGAUGACAGCAGCAUUUUUUAAUGUGUUCACAAUUGUCAGUUUAUUAAAGAUGGAACAGACUACUGAGCACAUCUAAAUCAAAAGUGAAAAAUGUGAUGACUUAUACACCACUCCUUUUUUAAUAAAAGUUCAACACAAGUGGUGCAACUUCACACAAAAUAAUGCCUGUUGUGUUACAGUGUUUUGUUAUCUUCCAUUAAACCUGUAAACAGUA